UUUCUCUCUCCUCCCCUUAUAUAUAUGUACACUCACACUGCACUAACACGCAGCUCGCACCGAUCAUCAGCACCAGAGUCGAUACCGAGGCGCUUCUCUCUCGUCGCUCUCUCUGUCUCUCUCUCUCUAGCUCGCUCGCUCGCUCGCGAAGUAAAGCGAAGAUGGUGACGGCUGAAGCAGCCAGGAACGUGGUCGGCAUUAUAGGGAACGUCAUAUCUUUCUUCCUCUUCGCCUCGCCAUGUCCAACGUUUUAUAGAAUCAUAAAGAACAAGUCGGUGGAGGAAUUUCAGGUGUAUCCUUACCUUUUUACUGUGUUGAACUGCAUCUUCUGGAUUAUCUACGGCUUGCCCUUUGUCCAUCCUGAUAGCCUCCUCGUCGUCACCAUCAACGGCGUCGGGCUUGUCAUGGAGCUCAUCUACCUAUGCAUUUUCUUUACCUAUGCUCCAAAUAAGGGAAGGAAGAAGGUAGUCUAUUGGCUCUGCGGGGAAGUCGUCUUCAUCGCUGUGGUGUCGUUGGUGGUCCUGCUGGUUUUCCACGAUCAUAACAGAAGAAUCCUCGCCUUUGGAAUCAUCUGCGACGUGUUCAACAUCAUAAUGUACGGCUCUCCUCUUAUUAUCAUGAAAAAAGUGAUCACCACCAAGAGUGUGGAGUACAUGCCCUUCUAUCUCUCCCUAGCCAACUUUCUUAAUGGCUGCGUGUGGACCGCGUAUGCCCUCAUCAAGCUCGACAUCUUCAUUCUGAUUAGCAACGGUCUUGGGGCGCUUGCCGCUACGGCGCAGCUCAUACUCUACGGUUGCUACUUUAGGUCCACGCCGAGGGACGAGAAGGUCGUCGAUGCGAAGGCUCCUCAAAUCCAGCUCGCUGUUUCUGAUGGACCAGGUAGAGUGUGAUGGAGGAACAUUACCCCAACUCCACAACACCCCCCACAACUGCUGCUCUCUGUCUAAAAAAUUCUGGGCACUUGUCUUAUGUUUAUAGCCGCUUCCUUUUUUGUUUUUCUGCAUUAAGCUAGGGCUGAGUUGAGGAAAGGGAACUCGUCGUAGCAGUGAGUAAACGUUAGGUUUUUUUGACUCUCGUUUGGGAACCUGAUGGUGGCAACCUGUCAGGUUCGUAUCUUCUAAGUCAAGAAGUGAACAUGACUCGUGUUCGCAUUUUUGCUUUUCAAUGCUUUGAAAAUUUGUGGGUGGUUUUUCAACCGGAGAAGGUAACGAUGGGUUGGCCCAACACGUUUCUUUCA